UUGCGUUAGUUUUACACCUUCAGCAAACGUCAAACACUCCCAGCACACAGAAUCCACAAAACUGAACACUAAACCAAUAAAAGUGGUACAAUCCUAAUCCCCUAAAAGUGAUUGUGUACAUGAGGAUGUGUGUAUCAGAGAGAGAGAGAUAGGUGGUGGGGAUAACUGUGAGUGCGAGUGUGUAAAUUUGGCAGGGAUAACUGACUCGGAAUGCAUGACUGUGAUGUUCUUCCUGAGGUGACUGAAAACUGUCACCAUUGGCACCUAAAGCGCUCUCUCUCGCUUUCUCGCUCACUCUCUCUCCUCCACUCUACCCAUCAAGGACAGACACGGCAGAGUGAAGGAAGAACAGUAGUGUUAACUCUCUCUCACCCUCCUCUUUUUCUCUCCCUUCAUCUUUCUGUUUUCUCUUCUCCAUUGCUCUCAUUCAUCAUUCUUGUUCUUCUCCCACACUCUUUUACACUCACUCGCUUUCUCUCUCUCACACGAUUGCAUUCGCUCUCCCUCCCUCACUUGUUCUCUCAUGAAUGUCACCUUUACUGGUGGUAGCCGCUGGAUUUGCGCACACACCCACAUACACACACGCUCGCUGGCUUUGGGGUGGGGUGGGGGGGGCUAAUGUAGGGCUGUGGGGAGAGAUAGCGCGUGCCAGAAGAGGCAGAAGGGAAAUUUCUCUGAGUCCAUUCUUCUUUUCCCGGCUCCCGUCCUGCGACUCAGGGCUUUGUCUGUCCCAGCAGCUGAAGCAGAAGUGCCUCUGGACGUGGGAGCGCUGGAUUACUGCUCCAGAUUAUUAUUAUUUUUUUUUUUCCUCCAGCACAACUAAAGUUAGCCAUAGGGACUGCAGGCUGACCAUCUGCCCGUUUCUGACAGGAUCUGAUUUGAGUCGAAUAAUUCUGCUGUCAGUAAGUGAAGAACUUUCCACGAGGACCAGCCAUGUGUGGGUGAGAAAGCUCUUCAUUUCCGUGUGCUAAACUUUAGCUUUGUCAGUGUUUUUGUCUUCAGGAACAAGACAUAAGGGGAGGGGAAGGGAGAAGAGGGGUGGGGGGCGGGCAAAUAUGUCGGCAAUGUCGCAACGAUGACUUUGUCAGCCUCUUUCUGUAUCUUUUUGUGGAAAUGUGACCGUGUCGAUUUACAUUUUUUACGGAUUUGUUGUGGUGUCAAUAUGUAUUUAGCGAAACAAACAUAAUGAAGGACAAACCAGGGAUAGGUUGUAAGUGGACCAGAACUUAACCUCUUCCCUUACUGGAGGGAAACACACGGACACGUGAGGAACCUACUUGAAUUCUUGGUUCGCCGCGCAAGGUUUGACCCUUGACUUUUAUCUCUUUGUACUGCUGGUAAAAAGACAAGUGCAUCCAGAGAGGGUCUCUUAAGCAAACAGAGACCCCCCUCCCAAAGGUGAGAGGGGGGGGAAGAUGGCAGCUCUUGCCAGUUCUCUCAUCAGACAAAAACGGGCAGUCAAGGAAGACCAAGCCAACCGGCCGAUAGCCAGCAAACGCAAGCCAUGCCCCAAGAGCAACAAGUCUCUUUGUCAGAAACAAAUUCUUGUUCUCAUAUCAAAAGUACGGUUAUGUGGCAGCCGAAGAGGAAGAACAGACAAAAGACCAGAGCCACAGCUAAAAGGCAUCGUCACCCGUCUGUACAGCCAGCACGGCUACUACCUGCAGAUGCUGCCGGAUGGCACCAUGGACGGCACAAGGGACGAGAACAGCUGCUUCUCACAGUUCAACUUGAUUCCUGUGGGUCUGCGGAUAGUGGCGAUUCAGGGAGCGAAGACUGGCUUCUACCUGGGCAUGAACAGCGAGGGAUACCUCUACACCUCCGAGAAUUUCAACCCAGAGUGCAAAUUCAAAGAGAGUGUGUUUGAGAACUACUAUGUGACAUACUCCUCCAUGCUGUACCGCCAAAGCCAGUCUGGACGAUCGUGGUACAUUGGCAUCAACCGGGACGGGCAAGUGAUGAAAGGCAACCGCGUGAAGAAGACCAAAGCAGCCGCACACUUCCUACCUAAAGUCAUCGAAGUGGCCAUGUACAAGGAACCUUCACUGCAUGAGCUUGUAGCGGAGCAGAGUCCUCCACGCAAAACCGUAAAGACUUCAGACUCCCCGUCUCACCAGAAUGGCAGGAAAGAGGCCCCCAGAGCUGAUGCUUCAUAGCACAGGGGGCACACACAGGGAGGGCAAGGGACUACAUAGACACUGAGAACUCCAUUUUCCUUCAUGCAACGUGGGCAGGAAGAGCUGUGUGAGCGGCUGUUAGCUGUGAGUUUUUGAAUGGGGCAAGAUCAGUCAGAUUAGCGGACAAUCCCUGCCUCUCUCUGUCGAACCAGCUCACAUAUAUUUCCACUGACCCGGCAUGACACCUGACACCCCCCAUGAGCCGAUAAUCCUCUGCAAAAACAUGUUUCUGUGCCCCCAUGUGCCCUACUUGAGUUCUCUCACAGUGUUAGACGAAAAACGCAAACAAUAUCCAUCCUAACUGAAGAAUUCAAUUGACUUUUCUUUCCCUAUGGUUUCUUUUUGUUUGAACAAAGAGUUUUGGUGCAAGAACAAGAUCGAAGGAGAGAGAGGUUAUUAUCCAAUAUCAUCAUAAUGAUUCCAGCAGAUGAGACCCUCGCUGUUUCAUUUUUUUUUCCUGCCACCACUUUGCCAAAGGCUGCUCUGUGCCAGUCAGAACUAUAGGAAGGAAUACAGUAAAACUAGUUUUUAUUGGACCAUUCAAGGAGGACCCAGUUCUAUUGGUCAGCAGGUGUCGAUUGAUUUCUGCUGGGCAGCUGCCAGGGAAGCCAAUGGCGUCAUGCAGAAUAUGUGAUUGGGCAGCUUUUGAAAUUAAACAUAACUCUGUAGUUCUACUUCUUUUCACUGUCUGAUAUUCAAAAACAACCCAUAGAUGAUGAUAAUGAGUUUAGAUUGAAUCCACAACUCAAACACAUCUGUUUUUGGUUUAAUUAUCGCUACACCUGCAGACUGUAAGAUCCCCCCCAAAAAACAACAACAAAAAACUAAAUUCUCUUGAGACGACUCUAUUCAUGUUUAAUGGCCAGUGGGCCUGAAGCAGCAUCCGUAUCAUUGGCAAACGAGUGAAGAUUAUUCGGGGCAGUUGUUUGAUAGCUCUUUGAUGGAAUUCUUACAGGGGAUUACAUGGAGUCCAGCCAUGAUUGCUUGAAUUAUUUACUCCUUUUCCCGGGAACGUUCGGCUCGUUCAAGCAGCUCGGAUGAGAGAUUUUAAUAUGCAAAUUUAAAUUGUGGCGAGCCGAUCAAUGACGCAGUGUUUGUGUGCAUUUAGACGUGAGUAUUAGAGUGUGAAAGAGACAGAACGAUGUCAAAUGAACAUCUGCUUCCAUUAUUUAUUUGUGUGUGUGUAUGGGAGUCUGGGCACACAUGUGUAAAUGCAUUGGCUCACACACCACAGUUGAUCAUUUUAAUGGCUCGGUAGAGUCUGGGCAUUUUAAUCUGCCUGGAGAUGUUGACUGAUGACCCUCUCCAGGUUUCAUAAUUGACACAUAACCAAGAGGAUGUGCUGUGACAUUCAGGAUCUCUUUGUAAUUCCACAGGCAUCUUAUCAGUUUACACACACCACACUCCGUAAGUUGUUUGCAAUGUGUGCUUUUGAGUAAAGGAUUGGUCAGCCAGCUUCCGAAUGGUGCCCUUUUGUCCUACAGAAGGGUAGCAACCUCCUCUUUGAUGAUGACAUGCAUUUGUGAGCCAAUAGCAGUUGCUGGGGCUGUAGAAGGUAUGGCUUGAGUGGCUGUAGGCGUGGUAGGUUCACGACUCUGGUUUUGCCAUGGUUCUGUCUGAGAAAGGUCAUUUGUUGAUUCUUAUUUGUGUUCACAUAGACGUAAUCUCCUUGAGCUGUGCCCUAAACAUCCGAAAAGCACAAAAAUAAAUAAAUACAUAAAAUGAAUCAAUCUUUGACUAACAAUUAAAUCAAAUGAAAUAGGAAGAAUGUAUAGUGGAUGUUAGUGAGGGUUUGCGCAUGUUGCAGAAUGUUUUUAGCAUGUUGAAGCAAGGUACGUGUAUGUGUCUCAAUGAAAGUUAUUAGCAAGUUGAAUAUUAAAGAAAUAUUCCAGUUCAGUUGAAUUGAAUGAACAACAGAUGUGGCAUAAUGUUGAUUAAACUAAAACUGCAUUUAAAUCUUCUCCUACUUUUCUACAGAAAAAAAGCAAAAAUAAAAAUCUUGAUUACUGUGAUGCACUUGAAACUGAUAUGAAUAGGGCAAAUUGUUAGAUGAUUUUCAAGCAGAUAUUCAAAGCUUUUAAUUUGAUAAAACAUUUACAUUUAUUGUUCUGUUUAAACUUGUGCAUUAAUAUAGCAGUAAAGCUGUUUAAAAUACCCUUUUUAAUAAUUUUUAUGGUUUUAACUGUUUCAUUGUCAUGGCAAGUUGCCAAAGUAAAACGGAAUACACUUUUAUAACAAAAAAGUAAGUAAGAAUUUUUUUUUACACUAAAAUCAUGUUAACAUGCAAAUUUUUAUAUCUUCUGGCUGUUUUAUUAAAGAAAGAAUAUUUUGAGAUUUAUGAAUUUGCCCUCUUCACUUUCAUUGUAAGUGCCUCACUGUAACCCAGAUUUUUGCUUCUUCUACUUUUUUUUUCUUUAGAGAAAAGGGAGGACAAGAGAAAAUUAAUUUUUGUGUUAAUCAACAUAAUGCCACAAGUGCUUUUCAUUGCACUUCACUUGUAUUGAGCCUGGAACAUUCCUGUAAUGUGUAGCAUGAGAAAGUUUGGAGAAAGUUUGGUUAUGAGAGACAAGAUUUGGGAUGAAGACAAUUCGCUGGCUGCGAGAGUCUGUGAAAAUCCUGAGGGCAGCUCGGUGAUUGAAGUUAGCUGGUGGAGAGGAAGAUGGCAUUAGAGGCAUUCGAUUAUGAGGAGCAAAACCAGAAGAUCAUUAAGUUGGAUUCUUGGAGGAGAACGUGUGCUUUGGUGCUAAUGACGAGAGUGAGAUCCUGUUCUGUGAAUUAGACACAAAUUCUUGCUGAUUGAGUGGAAGGCGAGGAACAGAGUCCCUCCGAGGAUGGGGGAGGAGAAUGUGUAUGUGUAGUGUAUCUACCUGACGCUAAGAACACAAGGACGAAUGUGGCCCGCAUAUGUCCCCUCAUGUGUGCUCCAAAGUCAUGCUCCAUUUCCUGAGCAAUCUCCCCAACCCCUCUCCUGUGUGUCCAGUGGCUAUUAACCUUCCCUCCAGCUCUGUGUGUGUAUGUGUAUAAAGUGAGAGAGAGAGAGAGAGAGAGAGAGAGAGAUAAAGCGAAGUAACGAUCGAUUGACUCAAUAAAAGCCAAACUGGAGAGCAAUAGCCCAGCGCUGUGAGCAAUAAUUUCCCUGUUCAACCGAGGAACCCGAAGACAUUAGCAGACGAUGAACUGAGAGUUUUUUUUUUUUUUUUUUUUUUUUUGUGGGA